AUGUAUGAGACUUGGCGGGACACUUGGCAGGUGAAGGAGAAUGAAGUUGACUUUCAACCUACGUUUUUCAAUCAAUCGCCGUUUAGUGAUUUUCCUUUGAGGUAUAUUGAAAAUUUGAGAGAUUUGAGAUCAAUAAAGGAAAAAUUAAAAAGUGUUAUUUUAUCUUAUUUUGAACAACCUAAUGAGGAACAGAUAAAAACCCAAAUACAGAGUGUGAUGUCUAAAUUCGUCAGAACCAGAGAAUUUCACUUAUUUGAGUUUUUUGUCUAUCAAAAAUACUUUGAAAUAGUUUACAAAUGUAUGAAAUGUAAGUCUCAAAAAGAGAGAUCUAUGGUUGGAGAUCAACUUGCAGAUUUAAAAUAUGCAGAACUGACGACACGUCCAAUGAGAGAGAACAAACUUCUAUUCUGUCCUGCACCACACUUCAUAAAGACAGUACUAAAAACGCUAAGACUGUUUAGCAAUGCCAGUGAAUCGUUUGCAAAAUCUUUAGCUGAGCAAGGAAUUGUUGAUGUUUUAACGGAGCGUCUGAGGGAUAUGAAAGUUGAUGUAACAAAUAAUAUAUUUGUAGCCUUUUUAAAGUAUUCUGUAGGCAUAUUGAUUAAUAUAUUCAAUACAGUGAGUAAGGAAAAUGAACCUGAAAUACAUAUUGAUCUCUCACAAUACAUGGAAACGUGUGACAUUAAACUGCUUUUGGCUAUUAAGCUAUUAAACGUAUGCGUAAAAGAAACAUCGAUGGAACUCUUUCCAAACAGAGGAGAGAUACAGAUUUUAGUAAACUGGAUAAAAAGUGGAAUGCAGUGUGUAAGCAGAGCUUUCAACGGCUUUAAUAUAUCAUCAAUGAUUCAGUGCCUAACAAAGAUUUGUUUAAAAUCAAAACUAAUUUUUGAGAUUCUAGACUCCGAACCGCUAGACUGUCUGUAUAAUGCUUUGUGCUCUGAUGACAAGAGAGAGCAGAAAGCUGCUGGAAGCUGCCUUUUGGCUAUUGCGCAGACAAGUCAGGGGAGAUUCAAAAUUAAAGAACACAGAGAAAUUAUAAUUCAAUUGGAAUUUCUUCAGAACAUAACAGAAAGAGAAUUAGAGAAAAUCAUCACUUCAAUCUUGUGGCUAACAAAAAGAGAAGCAAUCACGUUCCGGCACAAACAAGAAGUUUUAGCUCCUGGAUUCCCAGUAAAAUGGCAAAAAUCGUCGUUUUUAGGUCGAGGUCAAUUCGGAUGUGUUUAUCUUUUAAAGGAUAAGCAGUAUUAUAAUAACGAAAAAUAUAUUAUUAAAGAAAUUGAAUUUGAGGAAGAAUCGCAUUCAAAGGAAGAAACAGAGUGGUCAAUUCUACUUAAAACUGAACAUUACAGACUUGUUAAAUUCUACGGUUUUAUAAAAAAUAAUAAAACGACGCUUCUAUUUUUUGAAUAUAUGUGCCAGGGUUCAUUAAGAAAAUACACAAAAGAAAAUGGCGGAAUUUUGGAAACAGAAGUUAAAAUAUUCACAAGACAAAUUCUGGAAGGACUUAACUAUCUACAUACACAUUCGCCACCUAUAAUACACAGAGAUAUAAAAGGCGACAAUGUCUUACUUGAUAAAGAUCACCAAGUGAAAAUAGCAGAUUUUGGUCUUGCUCGAAUUAUAACUGAGUCAAGUAAGCCGAAAACAGGAUUAGGUACGGCAAAAUGGAUGGCACCUGAAAUAUUGAAAGGAAAUAAGAAAACACCUUAUGACUGUAAAGCUGAUAUUUGGAGUCUUGGCUGCACAGUUGUAGAAAUGGCCACAACUAGCCCCCCAUUUCCAGAUCACAAUAAAGAGCAGCACAUGUACCAGCUGGCAUUAGGCAAAAAACCUGAGUACAUUCUCCCUGAGGCAUCAACGCAGGAGAUGCAGACUUUCCUGGACAGAAUAUUUAUAUACGAUCCACUCUUGCGUCCAUCAGCUUUAGAACUGCUCAGCGACCCUUUUGUUGCCUUCAGAUUUGAUGAACAGUAAAAUAGAAUAUAUAAAAUAAGGCCACACGAAAUGGCACGAAAAUGUACAAUGCGUCUGAAACUAUGUUUUGUAGAGUGAUUCGUCAAGCAUAUAGCUUUAUAACUUGAUUCUUAAUAUCUGUAUAAUUCUAAAAUGUACA